AUGACGCAACUCGGGCAGAAACCGCUCCCGAGCAUCUUCAAACAAACUAUAGCCGACUGGAAGAAGGACCUCACUGCCGAUCAAGCGCGAGAAUUUAGGUUCACGACUUACGAGGAUAUCGAGGAAACAAUCUCCGGUAUCCAAACGAAGCACAUUCUCGCCAGAGCGAAUAAGAAUCUAAAUCGGCUCAAGCCCUUUCUCGAGGCAAUGAAGCAGUAUGGCAAGGUGAUUGAGAUAUUUGUGAAUGCAUCAAAUAUAGUGGCUUUCGUAUGGGUGGGUUCAUCGCGUCUAUGGAAUGCCGUCGAAAAUGUGGCAGAUGUCUUUGACAUCAUCCUGGAUGCCUAUGAGAACCUGGGAGAAAGCAUGCCCCUCUUGGCGCAACACCACAGAAUACUCGAUCAAGCGCCGAUGACGAAGGUUCUGGGCCAAAUCUUUCAAGAUAUUUCAGAGUUCCACCGAGAGGCGCCCUCAGGAUGGCGGAUCUUCUUCGCGUCGUUAUGGAAAGAUUUCGGCAACAGGUUCCGAAAGAUUAUUGCCAAUCUCGAGCGUCACAGAGACCUGCUAGAGUUUCAAGUGUCCCUUGUGGAGAUCGAAAACGCUGAGAUGGCGCGUCAACAGGCGGAAGAGCGCUUCCAAGAACACCGCGAAAGCGAAAGAAGACGACGCAUGAUCUCAGUAGUGCGACGGCAGUAUCCAGGAACUUGUGACUGGAUACACACCGAACCGACCAUCAAAGCGUGGCAGGACUCCAGCUUGAAAAAAGAUGCAGGAAUAUGGCUCUAUGGAAUUCCCGGUGCCGGAAAGACGAUCCUAGCAUCGGAAAUUGUGGAAGACGCACAGAAACAAGAAAAUGUCUCCGUCUGCUUCUUUUUCUGCAGGUACGGCGAGCCGGCUAAGAGUACCUUUCAUUCCAUGGCUCGAACCUUCUUACUUCAGCUGCUGCGCCAAAACGAGGAUCUUCUUCCGUAUAUCUAUGAGGAACAGGUAGAGAGUUACAACGUCACGUUGAGCGGAGGCACUGUCCUGAAAGAACUUUUGUUCACAGGACUUAAGAGUUCGGCGAGUACACAAAUUAUUAUCGACGGAUUAGACGAAUGCGAGAAACCAGAAAGGACGAAAAUCCUCACAUGGUUGAAUUCCACAAUUAGCCAGGGAGUACUAUCGGAUGGCACUUCACCCGUCAAAGCCAUGAUAGUGAGCACCUACGAGUUGGACAUCAAGAAAGCGCUUUCGAAAUUUUCCAAAAAGCAGAUAAAGGCUACAGAUAUAGAAGACGCUCUCAAAUCCUACCUAGACUUACGCAUCCCUGAACUGCAAAAGUUCGGCCUUUCAGGUGCCGAACCUUCUAGCAUUGCUCGGAUUAUCCUACAACGCGCAAACGGGAUGUUUCUGUUCGCUCAGCUAGUGAUGGAGAUAUUGAAAUCCCAACCAACCAAACGGUCUUUCCAACACGAACUUGAACCCGGUGUAUUCCCGGAUGGUCUGGGGCAAGCAUAUGACCGGAUCGUCAAUCGGAUAUACAACAAUCCAAUUCAGGCUCAGAAGGCACAAGCGAUGUGCAUCUUGGGUUGGGCGGUGUGUGCGAAGCGGCCACUUGAAAUACACGAGAUUCAGGGCGGGGUAUCCAUCGACCUGGAAGGGAAAACGGUGGAUUUCGAUGGUAGACGCCUGCGCGACGAUGUUAGGGACCUUUGCGGGUGUUUGGUCGAUGUCCAAGAUGGCAAACUUCAACUUGUUCACACAACCGCAAAAUAUCACUUGACUAAGCAAAAACUCGUCAAUGUUGCUCAUGAAGAGCUGAAAAUUGCUCUUCUGUGUACCCAAUAUCUGUCGCUUGACUGUUUCAAGAAUAGUCUGUCGGAUGACCACAUUUUAGCCUACGUCAUGGGCGGUCAUUAUUCGUUCCUCACCUACGCCGCGGUUCACUGGCUUGACCAUGUGGAGGCGUGCAGCAGUCUCUCCGGGGAAUAUGCCGAAGGGGAUAUCGACAACCUUGCCGACUACCUAGGGAUAUUCCUCGAGCAACACUGGAGAGGCGGGGCUACGAAGAAUUCCGAUGUAGUCAAACGUCGAUUGCAUGCCUUUACUCAGUUUCCGGCCUUUGGAAGGAUCACACAACUGGCAUCUGUCAAGGGCGCUGGACUAGGAAAGGAUGGCUUGCUCGAUCUAGGUCCAUUCGUCAUCCGGAUGAGGUGUAUACUUGAACAAGCGGCACAUGCGAACAACGAGAAAAGCCUUAUGUCGUCCUUCUAUGGUGACCGUCUUUUCAAAUGCGAGCUACCCUACUGCGUGCAUUUUCAAAAUGGAUUCUCUACCGCUAAAUCACGAGACCAACACUUGGGAGAGCACCGGCGGCCUUUCAAAUGCCCCGAAGCUAGCUGCCAUAUAGCCCUUAUUGGAUUCGCUCUAAAGCGCCAGCUGGACGCUCACCUAGCCACCAUGCACCCAACUCCAAUGGAUAGCGAUGUUGAGUUCCCAUUCGCGAUCGACAUAGUGGAGCGACCCAAUCUAGAGGACCUACUUCAAGCGUCUUCGUUCAAUGGAUUGCCAUAUGAUGCUAGCGUGUGGCCCGCUGAGUAA